CAGAGCGUACCUUCCGAUCAACAAAUCCAAACUUAAGAUCACAAUCACUGUUAUUUUCUUCCAUUUUCUCUGAUACCAAACAAAAGGAGGUUUUUUGUGAAAUCGACAUCUGGAAUAUGGGUUUCUUGAUAACAACCCUAAUUUUUGCUUUAAUUGGGAUAAUCGUAUCGCUUUGUACCAGAAUCUGCUGUAACAGAGGUCCCUCUGCUAAUCUGCUCCACCUAACACUGGUCAUUACGGCAACAGUCUGUUGUUGGAUGAUGUGGGCAAUUGUAUAUCUUGCACAAAUGAAACCACUCAUCGUCCCCAUUUUGAGUGAAGGAGAGUGAAAUCCUUCACACAAUCAAUUCGGAAUUGUGGGAUUUAGCCUGAGAAUUUAGUUGUCAUGUUACAUGUCUUCUCAUGUUGUUUCUGUAAGUAAUCCUUAUUCAAAGUGUGAACUUUGAAUUGGUAUUAUGUUAGCACUUCACUAUUUGUUUCUCAUUUGUUUGAUUUCAUAAAAUAGUAGCGUUGU